AACUCAUUGGCAGCUGUAGUGGCACAUCAAUUGAAUGUGGCGGAGGCUAUUCAUACAAUCGUAAUCGCGAGUUCUUCGCGCGCAACUUUACAUAUUAGCUCGUCUCUCAGGAUCAUCUGCCGUGCUGGUCUAAACUUGUGCCCUCGACAUUCUCGAUAACGUCGCCAAUGAGGCCCCCUUCCGCCGUAUCUUACCUUCACUGUUCACCCUCUCGACUCCCAUAGGCAGCUGCCAGCAAGUCUCGGAUGGCCUCCACCACUCAAACACCUAUGCAGGAGAACGCACAGUUUGAGAGGGAGAAUGAGAAGGACGUCGGCCGCCGCGAGUGGGAUGCGGACACGGGGCAUCGAAGGGAUUCUCGCAAGUUCCUGCACCAAUUGUGUCCGGCGCAGUCGUCGAUGGAUGUUCGUCUUGAAGAGCCGAGGACAUACCAGAAGCUGCCCGCCUGUGGGGUCGGUGUAGGGGCUGUGCUGGUCACAGUUGGAAGCAGCCUAGUGGCGCUAGCUUUCCCUUUAGGAACACUUCUGUCAGCGACAUUCCUUACAGCUGGAGGUGCCAUCAUCACCGGUGGUUCUUGGCUUGUCAAGCAAUCAAUAGAGGUUCUGGAUACCUAGAAACCUUGAUAGCAUGUACGACAUGCUGCGCAUGUCACGGAAUGUUUGUGAAUUUGUUUUCUAGAUUCGCCUAGAUUAAGAUCGGCGGAAAUUGAUAGGGCAAGCUUGUGUCUUC